AUGGCAGCCAAUGCUUCUAAUGGAGCAGCAAAGCAACCUCCUCAGCCAUCUCCCUUGCGCUUCUCCAAGUUCUUUCAGGUCAUUCCUCACAUGGCAUUCUAUGUCACUGAAACUUUGCUGGUUGAGGUUGAUCGGAUUUGCCAUCUUGCUUGCCCUGCUUUUCCUAUUUACUACAAAUAUAAUCCUGUGAAGACAAUAAAGACAAAUGUGAUUGGCACACUGAACAUGCUUGGGCUUGCAAAGCGAGUAGGAGCAAGGAUUUUGCUUACAUCAACUUCAGAGGUGUAUGGAGAUCCCCUUGUGCAUCCCCAACCUGAGACCUACAGGGGCAAUGUCAACCCUAAUGGUGUACGAAGUUGCUAUGAUGAGGGGAAGCGUAUGGCUGAGACUCUGAUGUUUGACUAUCAUAGGCAACAUGGCAUAGAAAUACGCGUUGCAAGAAUCUUCAACACAUAUGGACCACGCAUGAAUAUUGAUGAUGGCCGUGUUGUUAGCAACUUCAUUGCUCAAGCAAUUUGGAUUUUACCUGUUGCUAUGCAAGGUUCAAGGACUGGUUAAUACCUUUGGGGAUCUCCGAGGAGCUUUUGCGGCCGUUGACAGGAUCAACUCUAUUUUAUCUGGAGUUCAAGUUGAUGAUUCUCUUGCCUAUGGCUUAGAAAGAGAACUAAGGCAACAGAAAGCAGUGGAUGAUGAGAAAUAUAAAUUAUUCUUCUCUGAUAGUUCAACUGAGAAAAACCAAAUGCAUUACAUGUCGGCACUAAAAACAUCUAGCAAUUUGUUUAGCUUGGCUUGGCUUGGGAAAUAUACAUGCUAAGAGAUUUCUUAUUCCAUAAGAUUUGACUACAUGCUCUUUUAAUUAAAUAUUUAUUUGUGAUGAAAUAUAGUUGAUGUAUCAACACACUUUGAUGUAUGGUUGUUACUUAAUAAUAUAGUUGAUGUAUUAA